CUUCUCUGCCAGUGUCGUGGUGAAGAAUUGAGUUGUUUGUUCCUAAAGAGAAGGUAUUAGGGUUGAGGGUUUUUGUACACAGCAGGUCUAGGAUCUGCUAGUCGUAUGCCUACUUAGUGGUAGAGGAACGUCUUCGCUAUAGCUGUGGCUCAAAGCCUGGUGGUGCUCUGGCGCGUCGCGUGCUUGCCAUUCUAAAUUGGACUCACCUAGAUACCUACAACGUGUAGGUUCAUGUACUGGGAAGCAAAUGACGCGCGCUGCGCAAAUCCUUCUGCCCGCCGACAGCCGUUUCAACCCAAUCUUGAAUCUUGAAUCAAUCUUCAGGGAUCCCUUCUCUUGAGCAGACUAGUCAUCACUUGCCUCCUUGUCUUCCGGUAGCUUCAGAGCAAGCGGGUGGGCAUUCGAGGCGAGAGGCUGCACGGUCAUCGACAGCAGCACCAGCUCUCGCACGAGCUUGAGUCGCAUAUGGACAACGAAGACUUCCUCCCGCCGCCACCUCGUGGGCCCCCACCACUACUAGACGAAGCGCAACUACUUCGUCUGGCACAGCAGGGAUGGCUAUUCCUUGAGCUACCGGCCACCCUCUCGCAAAGCAUGUCCGGCCUCUUUAAAGCGUCGUCGAGAUACUUUGAUCUCCCGGAGUCGGAGAAGAAGGCUUUGUAUCCCUCGGCGCAAGGGACUGAAUUCGGAUACUAUCCUGUCGUGGAUGAGAAGGAAUACAUUACCUUUCGUUGCCGCAUUCACACCACUCCGGCCUCCAGUGCCAUCCCAUCCUCGCAUCUUGUUGAGAGCCUCGAGACAAGCACGGCAGUAGCUUGGCACGGAGCCGGCCUUCUCCUCUUCCGGAUACUCUGUGACAUUGCCCGUGCCAGCGAUCUAGACACCUCUGUGUGGAAUGAUAUACUGGACGGGACGUUGGACCUGCCCGAUUCCGGGGACCGGAUGACCUACACUCUGAUGCGACUCUUUCGCUAUUUCCCUUCUACUGGAAAGGCUGAAGAGCACGCGGACUUGGGGCUACUGACCCUGUGUGUCGGUGAUGGUGCUGGGUUACAGGUAUUGGAUCGCCUCAACUCCUCGCCCGCGCAGCUCACUUGGGUCGAUGCGCCCAUUGGUACACAGUGGGCAGCUAUCUUGGUUGGCCAGACGCUAAAGGCCCUUUCCGCUCAAUCCAUGAAUGCGGGCGCACACAGAGUCGUGGGAAAUCCCCAAGGAAGACACAGUGUUGUGUACGCUCUGCGACACUCUAUGAUGCACGAUGUGGAUUUCAGCCUUUUUGGUGGGGAAGGAAAAAUGACCCCUAAAGAGCUAUGGAGGACCAUCCAGACUGGCAAGGUCAACAUCAAUGCAAGGCAAGAAUUCAGAGAAAUGCAACGCGCGAAGUUGCAAACGUCUACGUCGGUUGUAGAAGGUGCUACAUCUUCCAAGUCAGACGAUGUUAAUGCUAAGCAGGCUGUCUGACAGCAUUCAUCAUUUCGACCGCCUUCUUUGCCAGUAACUCCGCAUCGGGGGGAAAUCUUGCUGAAAGGUAAUUAUAACGGGGAUCUUGAACGACAAAGCUGUGAAGGUCAACGUACGAACCAAACCUGUCAAUUCGAGAUUGCGCGAGUGGUGAACUUACGGUCUAGGGCUGAUGCUACUGGCAAAUUGUUUCUUGUUUGCCAAGUUCUCCUUCACGAUAUCCUCGACCGAGGCUGUCCCUGCCCCAUAUGUCUUGUAGUAAUCCCCGAGGAACAGCUUUGUCGCGUGAAAGAUGCCCUGCUCCAUCACCGCCGGCAACGCUGUGGUGUGGACAUCGUGCAAGAUGCUUCUGCCUUCGGUGGUGGACGCCAUUGCCAAUACCUGCACGCCGUGGCAUAUGGCUGCCAGACAUUUGCUGGACGGUUUCUUCGUGUUUGGAAAGUAGCUUUUGAGGAGAUAAUGAACGCGUGGCGAGUCAAUUAUCUGACGCACGCCUUUCUCGUGGCCGCCUGGGAGGAAAACGAGGUCAUAAUCCUCCAGGUUGAAUUCGAAGUCUAUCCACGACAAAGGCCUCUGAAAAUUUGGGGACGUGGUCGACAGCGCCGCAUACGCUGUUCUGGCGGCUCCGUUGGCUCCUAGCAGAGUCCCGGUCCACCCGGAGAGCAUUCUAUCGUCACACCUCGGCGAUUGUCCAGUUUCCGUGGCAAAGAAGACCUCAAAUCCUGCGUUCUCAAACACCUGCCAUGGAAUAGCUGUUUCUGUCUACCAUCAGCGAGUGUACGGGUGCCGCAGAAGUCGCAGUUUGAGAUACCAGUGGGGUCGUGGCCAUAGUCGGCCAUGAGGAAUAUGACUUUAGGCGCCAUUGUGAGCGCGCUCAGAUCUUCGCCAACACUGGAACUGUCGCUGCUAGCUGAAAUUUUGAUGCCGCGAGCUUACCUAGGAUCGAAGACAGGAGACUCUGGAGCGGGAUGGCAUUGCAAAGCACUUUCACAUGUCAAACAGCAUGGAGCCUCACAUACCCCGCGAUACGAAGGAGCGUCAGAAGCAGCCUUCAAGCUCAGCUGAGGCUGAUGAGCCACCACUGCAUGCAGACACGGGAGGCCCCAGGAGUAACUGACAGUCAGCCAGCCAGACAGGGUGCUUACAACGUUGUACAGUACGAGAGGCCUUGUCUGGAUCUGCUUCGGUGGCACAUUUUUCCGCUCCGGGUCCAGGGGUACGCCGCUCGUCUUACUUUGCAGACUUUCAAGUUACACAUCCCUCCUUGACCAUGAAGGCCUGGGCCUGACCUAAGAUACGUUCCUCCUAUGGCAGAAGAUAUGCGUCAGUGCUGGACAUGUUUCCUCAUGCACAGUGCGAUUGUCCUGUGUUACCCAUGGCGGACGUCCAAUCCCUGUUCAAUUUUCACAUGCUCAAAAGACCCCAGCCCGUGGAUUGAAGCCAGCCCCGAGGGCACCGGUGGGUUUGAACACUUGCUGUAUCAUCAACCAUGUAACUUGUCUGCAAGCUCAGCUCAUCAUAUCAAGUACCCGUGCGGUUCGCUGAUACUCCCCAGGUAUAAAAUUAUCUUGUCCAUUUCUUCCUCAUUCACGUUCGUUGCGUCUCAUAACCUGCCUCUACUGCUUGUAUGAUGGAUUCAGAAUCCCAGAAAGUGGCCGGCAAUGGCAGCGAGACGAAAAGCUUGAGUCAGAGCAGCAGCUCUGGUGUCUCUGCCUCCACCCCAGGUCCACAGUCACCAACCUUCCCGGCACCCCCGUAUCGUGUCGGAACCACCGAGCCAGGAGGUCCACUGUCUCGAUCGCAGUCCAAACUCGAGGCAAGCGAUUAUCAUGGUGGUAACAACAACUUCCCUAGGCUCUCCCGGCCUGUCGAAUUACUACGGCACACCUAUGAUGUCGUGGUAAUCGGGUCCGGAUACGGAGGAGGUGUUGCAGCCUCACGUAUGGCAAGGGCUGGACAGUCAGUCUGUGUUCUCGAACGCGGCAAAGAACGAUGGCCCGGGGAAUAUCCUUCAAACCUCGCAGAAGCUGCUCCAGAGAUUGGUGUCUCGGGUUUGUUCGCGCCCGGAGACAAGCCCGGCACACCUGUACAGGUGGGUGAUCCGACAAAACUCUACCAGCUCGUGAUGGGAGCCGGACAGAAUGCCUUUGUGGCCAGUGGCCUUGGAGGCACAAGUCUUCUCAAUGCAAAUGUUUUCUUGGAAGCGGACGACGGUGCGAUGAGCCUUCCUGAAUGGCCAAAAGAGCUUCGGAAGCCGGGCGCUUUGGAUGAAUACUACAAGCGUGCCGCGCAGAUGCUUCAGCCCGAAACAUAUCCGGAUGAUUUUCCUCCCUUGCUCAAAUUGGAACUGCUAAAAAAGCAGGCUGAUUUACUAGGACUGGAAAACAACUUCAAGCGGGUGCCGCAGACCACGAGAUUUGAGAAUGGACCAAACUAUGCAGGCGUUCAAAUGCAAGCCAGCGCUCUCACAGGCAUGGAUAGCACCGGCGUCAACGACGGAAGCAAGUCUUCCACGCUUGUGACAUAUUUGAGCGAUGCAUGGAACUGGGGAGCCGAGAUAUUCUGCGAAUGCGAGGCGCGUUACAUCAAGAAGCAUCCCACCCAGGAAGGAUACCUGGUAUUUUUUGCCUGGCAUGGCAGUAAACGUGGGUUGUUCAAGAGGAACAUCUAUCGUGAUCUGAUGUGGGUGCAUGCGAAAAGUUUGGUAUUUUUGGGCGCUGGAGCCCUUGGAACCACUGAGAUCCUCCUCCGCAGUAAAGCCCUUGGGAUGAAAAUGAGCAACCAAGUCGGCAAGGACAUGAGCGGGAACGGCGAUAUACUUGCUUUCGGGUACAACACGAAGUAUGAAGCGAACGGUUUAGGGAGCGUGUCACCCAGCCCUGACAAACCAGUUGGACCCACGAUUACGGGAGUUAUAGAUUGCCGGGCUCAGGCAAAUCCGCUUGAUGGCUUUGUGAUUGAAGAAGGUGCCAUCACGGAAGCCUUGGUACCCGUACUUCAGGGUAUGCUGGAGGCUCUUCCCGGAAAGAUCUACCCGAAGAACUACACGAUCAGAGACCGACUGCAACAUUUGCUCGCCCGAAAUAUCAGCAGACUGUAUCCUUACGCGCCCAUGGGCGCCCUGGAGAAGUCACAGACUUAUCUGAUCAUGUCGCAUGACAGUAACCAAGCGGUGAUGAGGCUGGGGCCUAAUGACAGACCGACGUUGACCUUUCUGGGAGUUGGACGAAGUGACCAUGUUCGACAUCUCAAUGGAAUACUUGCCAAAGCCACCAAUGCCGUUGGUGGCACAUACAUCAACUCUCCUUUCUUUGCUGCACUUGGAGAGCAGGAGAUCACGGUCCAUAUCAUGGGCGGAGCGACCAUCAGCAGCGACGACACUGGUGUCAAGGGUGCAGUGAACCAAUAUGGCCAAGUCUUGAAAGGAAAGGGGAAAGAAGUCCAUGACGGAAUCAUCGUUGUCGAUGGCGCAGCUCUACCUACAGCGUUGGGCGUCAAUCCUUUCGCGACCAUCACUGCUCUCGCAGAACGGUCUGUCGAGGCAGCUGCGAAGCGGAAUAACGUCAAAGUUGAUCUUCUUACGCAGAAUGGAACACUCAACCUUUUUGGACGACCCGCCCAUCAACAGCCAAUGAGCAAGGAACUUCGCAAAGCUGACCGUAUCAUCGACCUAGCGCGCGCUUCCGAGUCCGAGGGGAUCGAAUUUGCAGAGGUCAUGACGGGUUUUAUCAAUAUUGAAGACCAAGUUGAUACUGGAAAUGAAGCAUCCGACUUCGCCGUCGCAACUGACGCUGCCCAGGCAGCGGGAAGCAGUGCGAGGUUUUUCCUCAAUUGUCAUGCUUGGGAUACUGACCAACUGAUCGGACGGUCAAAUCAUCCUGCAAUGCUCACGGGUACAUUUACCUGUGCCGGUCUGCCAGGAUCCCCGUUCAUGGUUCUACGAGGGGCUUUCAACCUGUUCAAUGUAGACCAACGGACUCCAGAUACGACCAACCUGACCUAUGAUUUUGACAUGGUGUCUACCCGUGGCGAGAUCAUCCACUUCCAUGGCUACAAGAUUGUGGAUCAAUCCAUUGCGUUCAAGCCUUGGUCAACCUGGAAAGCAACAUCCACGCUUUAUGUGACAUUGACCAAAGGCGAUCAAACUGUAGGAAGAGGGACUUUGCACAUCGAGCCUCAAGACUUCGCGGCCGAGCUGUCCACCUUCACACCACAUGGUCCUACCACGCUAUCGAAGCUGUUCUCGACCGGGAAAUUCCUGACCUUUUUCGCCGCACAAGUCUUGACCAACUUUCUAGGUCCGUUGGGAAUUAUGCAGUAUCCGACGACCACAUUUGAAGGUUAUGAAAUGAACAAAAAGCCGCCGGUCGAAACCAUCAAGAUCACUUCUACUGACAAAGUCGUGUCCACUCUGCAACGAUGGGCACCAACAACACCUUCUUCUUCGGAGCAGCGCAGAAUCCUUUUCAUCCCUGGAGCUUCUGUUGAUCACCAGAUUUUUGCUUUGCCAACCAUUGACACCAAUGCUGUCGAGUACUUCCAAGCAGCAGGGUACGAGGUGUUUUGCAUCACGCACCGCACUGGCAAGACUCCCAAUGCCCAGCGAGGUUAUACUACGUAUGACGCCCGGCUCGACAUCCAAGCGGCGUUCAAGGCAAUCCAUCGGAUGCAGGGGUCUACCAGUCCGAUCUAUGUCAUUGCUCACUGUGCUGGCUCGGUGGCACUUUCGGCCGGCUUGCUUGACGGGACCAUUGACUCGAAAUGGAUCAGCGGCCUGACAGCAUCCCAGGUGUUUUUCAACCCGAUGUUUGGAGCCGUGAACAAGGUCAAAGCAUCGUUGCCUAUCUCGCUGACCAAGAUCUACAAGUUGGUGGCAGGAAACUGGUUUUCGUGUAUUUCCACCGAACACGAUUCCCUGGUGCAGCGGCUUUUGAACCAGGUCGUGCGAUUGUACCCUGUGGGAUCUCCUGCGGAACUGUGCAACAGUGUUGUCUGCCAUAGAUCCGAGUUGGUGUUUGGAAGGCUUUGGUCUCAUAAACGACUUAAUUCCGCAACGCACACAAACCUGUCGAAAUUCUUGGGAGGGACGAGCAUGAACUCGCUCAGCCAACUUAUGUACCAAGGCACACAUGGGGAAGUCACCAACAAUAUCCUCGAGUCGCUGGUCACACCGGAAAAUCUGCAACGGUUGAGAGGUCUUCCGAUUCUUUUCAUCUCUGGGUCCGACAAUGUGGUUUACACUCCCGAAAACACAGACAAGUCGUAUACUACUCUGACGGGCAUUUUUGGCAUGUCGGAAUUGUACCAGCGCGAAGUGUUCCCUGGAUAUGGUCACUUGGAUUGCUGGAUGGGUGCAGAGGCUGUCAAAGAUGUGUAUCCUACCGUGCUGGAUCAUGCGGAAAGGUGGGCGGGAUCAAAGAUGCCGAUGGACGGGCAAGGUGGGAGUAUUUGAGGCCAGAGCAGGAAUAAUGGGCUGGGAGCGUUGGAUUCGGAUACUAGUAUGGCAUUUGGUUCUUCUUGGUUGACCAUGCGUGUAACCUAGCAUGGAUGGGUACGAGGAUAUCAAUAUUAUUACCUGGUAACCUUGUCGAGUGUCAUAGGCCCAUAGCUUUAGGGGCUCGCAUCUGGGCUGAUAAUGAUAUUACUCGUUCUGUCAAUCAGUAUCGAUCGGUAUCCUAUGCCUUGGUGAC